AGUUCAUAAUUGAAGUAAAAGACACAAAAACAGAUUCGAGUUCUAGAAUACUUUGAGCAUACAUAUAUCACAUACAAAUUGUUAUAUGAUGGAGCGUAAACGCAAAGUGAACCCUAGACCAAUGGCUCGCGCGGUGGAUAAACGCAUCAGGCUAGAUGAGAGUGUGGAGGAGGCUAGUCUGCUGGACCUGCCAGUUGGCCCAUUGCAUAUGAUAAUCUCGAAGUUGAAUCUGGAGAAGCAGAAGAUCCUGCGUCUCGCAUCGAGCAAACUGAAGGCGGAGCAUUCCGACUGCAUGCUGCACUGCUACAAAUCGUUCGCCUAUAGGCAUCUGCGCAAACCGAAUCUCAGCGCCGAGCAGCAGAGGAUAGACACCGUGAAGCAGGUGCUCGCCCACUCGACGGACUAUUUCAUCAGUUCCGGCUACCAUGGCAUGCUCACGAGCGAUCUGCUCUUCUUCUACAAGAAUUUGACAAACGACAUGCAGGGCAUCGAUGAUGGCAUGGAGAUGAACACGUUUCUGCACAAGUUCUACACCGAUGUGGAGGAGACAGUGGUCGAGUGGCCCAACGAGGCUGCAGCGCGCAUCGCAUUCAAUCAGCGUCGUUUGAUCUACACGAUGAUUCUGCUGAAUCUACUCAGACAAUUCCGGGAUUUUCGCAUUGCUAGCUCCGGCAUGAAUCUGAUGCACUGGCAACUGCAACUGGAGGUGUUGGGCGUGCAUUUUGCCGUACGUGACUCGGGUGGGCCGUUGUCCGAUCAGGACAAACUGAUGGACUUAUUGACGAUUAUAGCCGAACUGCUUGUGAUUGACAAGUUGCACACCUACGAAGCGCGGUGCACAUCAAUCGGCCGCAGUAUGUACGUCUAUGGCAUCAGGGAGCAAUUCAAGCUAACCACGCGCAGCCAGAUACUGACGGUCAAUCUGAGCAUCCUGGCGCCGUUGGCGGUGCGCGUCCUGCUCGAGAAUGUGCUCAAUGGCCAGGUGGAUAUCACACGGCCCAUCCACUGUCCAAUCGUCGACAUGUUCAGCAUUCAAUUGCAUGUGAAGGGCCGAAGGUGCUUCAUUUGGGAUGGCGCCCAUCACUUGGAUAUCUGCGUCGCUGCACUUCACUAG